UUGUCUCUGUGAAUGUAGGUCUGAGUCACAGUAGGGAGGAUUUGUUGUUUUACAUCUGUUCUGAAUAUAUUCAGGAUCUACAUCUAUAUCAGAUUCGUCAGUUGAAGAGCGAGCGCCUGUGACAGAGUGAGCUGGAGGACUGUCUGCAGUGAAAUCCAAUUGAAGCAUCUCAUGACAAGUUACAGCAACGGUGGGAUUUUCAACCCUGCUUACCAUGACAACGAAACUCUGGAAAUUGAUAAAAGGUAUCCUCGCAAAAACAACCACACCAACCCUUAUGCCAGGGAAGCCCCCUCCUGGCAGGGUAGCGGAGCAGAGACACAUAAUGGCUCCGUGGGUCGGACGACCGGUGGUGAUGAUUCUUUAGCGAGAAUGCCCUGGGGUGGCUGGCAGGAGGAGAGCCAGAGGGGGAGAGAAAGCAUCCCCAUGGGCCUCAUCUCAACCCGGCAGCAUGGUCGCAAUCACAGUACAUUUCAAAUCAACCCUGACUCUCAGUACGAUCGAUCACGAAUAGGUCAACUUCCGUCUUCAAUUUCAGCUAACAUGACAAUGAGAUGGAGGGGGAUGACAAUGAGAAGCAUGAGCAUGUUUCCCGAUGCUGAUCCUGCCCGUCUAGCUUUCACCGAGGAUGCCAUCAGGAAUGAGAUGGAAAAUGAGGAACAAAACCAAGUCAAGGAGCUCGUUGCCCUGUCGACACGAGACCGAAUCCACGCGAUCCGGUCUCUUCCAACGAGCUUUGAAGAAAAGAAACACAUCAGGAGCCAAGUCCUCAAGUCUGCCAAGAAAUCUCGGAAGAAUGCACAUUUAGCAGAUUUCUCUGAAAAUGUCUCGCUGUUCUUCCGCAGGUGUGGCUACAGUGUGAGGUCGGCCAGGCAGACGCUGCAGCUGUGGCACGGCAUCAUGAAAGAGAUCGGUGGCAAGUUUGGCACCAGUGUCCUCUCCUAUUUCGUGUUCCUCAAGUGGCUGCUCAUGUUCAACAUCUUCUCCUUCCUCGUUAACUUUGGCUUUAUCACCAUCCCGCUGCUCGUUUAUGACCCCACACCCAACAUCCCUCCUAAUGUGACCUUCAGGGGACUGGAGAUACUGACUGGAGCUGGUUACUUCAGAUAUACUGUCAUGUACUAUGGCGGCUACAGCAAUGAAAUCCUCGUGGGUCUGGUGGACUAUAACAUGCAGCUGGCCUAUUUCUUCACCAUCACACUCUACAUGGUGCUGUGUGGAGUUGCACUUCUUUACAGCAUGGCAAGCUCAUUUCAGACUAAUUAUGUACUAGCAGCUCCCGCCUCAAGUGGUGCAUGGCAACUUCUGUGCAGCUGGGAUUUUAGUGUAACCAAUGAGAGAGCGGUGAGGCAGCGCAAGAACAACCUCCGUGUCCAACUCCAGGAGUCUCUGUCAGAGAAGGCCCAGAGGGAGCGGCCUACCCUCUCUGUAAAACUCAAGCAGUUUGGAGUGUAUCUGGGUUCCUGGCUCCUCUCCACUGGCUUAGCUGUCGGCUGUGGGGCCAGCAUCUUCUACCUCUGCCAGUAUGAAGAGCAGCGGACAACUGACGCUGCCAGCUGGACUCUGCUUCAGGAGGCAGAGACGCUCCUGCUUCCCUUCGUGGUGUCUCUGAUGAACCUGGUCAUCCCGCUCUUUUACUCCCUCUUCAACAAGUUUGAGCUCUACUCCAGCCAGCGGAAACAAGUCUACGCUCUAGUGGUCAGAAAUGUCUUGCUCAGAGGUUCCAUUCUGGGCGUCUUGUGUUACUACUGGAUGAAUGUGGUGCCUGAGAAGUAUUCGUGUUGGGAGUCAAUCGUGGGGCAGUCUUUGUACCGUCUGGUCAUUUUUGACUUCCUUUUCCUGAUGUUGGGAUCCUUCUUUGGAGAGUUUCUCAGCAAAGUACUUGGGACUACAUUAUUACCACGUCUUGGGGUUCCAGAGUUCGACAUAGCCAGAAAUGUCCUCGAACUUAUCUACGCACAGACUCUAGCCUGGAUUGGGAUCUACUUCUCUCCCCUGCUGCCUGCCAUCCAGAUUCUCAAAUUCUUCAUCUUGUUUUACCUGAAGAAGGUCAGUCUGACUCACAACUGCCAGCCUCCGCGGCGAACAGGAAGGGCAGCUCAGAUGCAGACAACUUUCAUCGCCCUCCUCUUCUUCCCUUUCUUUGUGGGAGCCGUGUCCAUGGUGGCGCUCACCGCCUGGAGACUCACGCCCUCAAAGCAUUGUGGUCCUUUCCGGGGUCUCAGCAACACCUUCAUUGUGGUUGAGGUGUGGAUAGCUGAGCUGGCGGCGAUACCUGGUUCUGUGUGGGUCGUGUGGAUUUACCAACAUGUCAUUGAGAGUGAAUUAUUCUAUUUUAUGCUCGUACUCAUCGUCCUAGUCGUCAUAUACAUGUUCUGGCAAGUGAUUCAAGGCCGCAAGCAGCUCAUCGUUCUACUGAAGCAGCAGAUUGUCAAUGAGGGGAAAGACAAGGCCUUCUUGUUAGAAAAGCUCCAGAACCUCCAGAAAUCUCGGUCAAAUAAAAUACUCAAACAGAAGACUCCAAAAAAGCACACCAAACAACGUUCAGGUAACGUGUCCGCAGGUGGUCAGUCCACCUCAAAUGCCAUGCUGCAGGCUCUGUUUGCUCGCCAGCAACUCGAAGACGAGGAGGGAAGACGAGGCAAUGGCGGCGUGCCAGUUCCCUCCGAUAUCUCCACCUCCAGUGCCCUAGUGCAGGCCAUGAUGGCCCGUCAGAGAGCUCAGGACCAGGAGGAAAACACGCACAUGUCGGAUACAGACUUCUCAUCCCCCAGUGCCUUCACACAGGCCUCACAAGCAAGACAGAGGGCGGAGGUUGAGGCGUGGGAUGAACACAACAGUACGGCCAAUUAUCAUGAAACCGCUGCCAACACGUCCAGCGCUGUCAUGCUGGUGAUGCAAGCCAGACAGAGAGCUGAGGACGAGGACGGGACUCAGUGGGUCCCCGCUCACCCACAGAACCCAGUCCCCGCGGGCUCCAGCGCACUCAUUCAGGCCAUGUUGGCGCGGCAGCAGGCCCAGAACGAGUUUGACGAUGGCUACUGAACAACAAGCAGGUCUGAACUCAUGUCACCGUGGAGACAGGGACAGAACGCAAUGACAGAAAAGACGACUGAAAUCAGUCUCAUCAAAGUUAUAAUUUCUCCAGAAAUGCAAGUACAUGAGAGCGUGCAGGUCACCUCUUUUUUUUUCUUUUUUGUUUAAAAUAAACAUUCUGUAUAUUUUAAUAGUGUAUUUCUAUGACGGUGUGUAAUUAAGCACCAUGAUAUAUUAAUAAUGACCUUGUGCCAUUUCUGAAACAUAAACUGUUAACAUUG